AUGGCCGAAAACACAACAACACCAACUGAGCAGCCGCCCGCCGCCCCUGCUGCUGCUGCUCCCGCUGCUGUUGCUGGCGAUGCGGCCGCCCCCGAAGGCGAAGCUGGCCCCUCCAAGAAGGCUCUCAAGAAGCUACAAAAGGAAAAGGAAAAGGCCGAAGCAAAGGCUAAGCGUGCUGCCGAACACGCUGCCAACCAGGCUGCUGCUCAGGCCGCUGCCGGAAACACCGAGGAUCUCGCCAAGGACAACUACGGCGAUGCCACCCCCCAGACCAAGGUCGACGCCGAGCGAGUCAACCUGCGCUCUGUCGACGACUCGCUGAUUGGCAAGCCCGUCAAGCUCCGUGCCUGGAUUCAGAACUCACGCAUGCAGGGCGCCAAGAUGGCCUUUGUCGAGCUUCGUGAGGAGCGUGACUGGGCCAUCCAGGGUGUCGUGGCCGCCAACCCCGAAGGCAAGCCCGUCAGCAAGCAAAUGGUCAAGUGGAUUGGCACCGUCAACAUUGAGUCCUUUGUCCUCGUCGAGGGUACCAUCCAGAAGCCCCUCGAGCCCGUCAAGUCGGUCCGCGUGUCCAACUACGAGCUGCACAUCACCAAGCUGUACGUUGUCGCCCGCGGCCCCGAGGUCCUGGGCAUGGGUCUGGCUGUCGCCAACCGCCCCGUUGCCAACUUUGACGAUGCUGCCGAAGAGGCCGAGGACCCUGCUGUUAAGGAGGCCCGCGAGGCUGUCGAGGCUGCUGCCAUUGACGGCGCCGCCAUCCCCAGCGCGUCCAUGAACACCCAUCUGUCCAACAUUGCCAUGCACAAGCGUGCCCCCGUCCAGCAGGCCAUUGCUGAUGUCCGUGUCGCCGUGCGCAAGCUGUUUGCCGAGUACCUCGACAACCAGGGCUUCAACCAGUUUGAGCCACCCUGCCUGAUUGGUGCUGCCUCCGAGGGCGGCUCCAACGUCUUUGGCAUGCCGUACUUUGACAAGCAGGCGUUCCUUGCCCAGUCGCCGCAGUUCUACAAGCAAAUGGAGAUUGCUGGUGGCCGCAAGCGUGUGUACUGCAUUGGCCCUGUGUUCCGUGCCGAAAACUCCAACACCCCGCGCCAUAUGACCGAGUUCACUGGUCUCGAUUUGGAAAUGGAGAUUGAGGAGUCGUACCACGAGGUCAUGCUCAUGCUCGAGAAUGUCCUGCUCUACAUCUUCCGCGGCAUUGCUACGCGCUGCGCCGAGCAGAUUGCGCUGAUCCGCACCAUCUACCCCUCUGAGGAGUUCCUGCUGCCCGAGCCGGGCCAAGAGGUCCGCCUCACCUUUGCUGCCGGCCAGGCCCUGCUCCGCGCUGAGGGUCCUGAGGAGUACCGCAAUGUCUCUGACGACGAGGACAUGUCGACAGCCCAAGAAAAGGCUCUUGGUGCGCUCAUCCGCGCUAAGUACAAGACCGACUUCUACAUCCUCGACAAGUUCCCCGAGGGUGCCCGCCCCUUCUACGCCAUUGAGGACCCCGAGAACCCCAAGGUCACCAACGCCUUUGACUUCUUCAUGCGUGGCCAGGAGGUCCUCUCUGGUGGCCAGCGUAUCCACGACCCCACGACCCUUGAGGCCCGUAUCCGCAAGAAGGAUGUCGACCCCGCCAGCCCUGGUAUCAGGGAGUACGUCGAUGUCUUCCGCUCUGCUGGCUGCCCUCCCCACGGCGGCGGUGGUAUUGGUCUCGACCGUGUUGUUGCUUGGUACCUCAACCUGCCCUCUGUCCAUCUUGCUAGCUACUACCCUCGCACGCCUAAGCGUCUUACUCCAUAA